AUGGCGUCUGGCUACGAUAGAGCUCUUUCGGUCUUCAGUCCCGACGGACACGUCUUCCAAGUCGAGUAUGCCGGUGAGGCCGUAAAGAGAGGUACCUGCGCCGUGGGCGUCAAGGGCUCCGAUAUCGUCGUUCUGGGUUGUGAGAAGAGAUCAGCCAUGAAGCUGCAAGACACAAGAAUCACACCAUCCAAGAUCUGCCUCGUCGAUACGCAUGUGUGCCUAGCAUUCGCCGGCCUCAACGCCGACGCCCGCAUUCUGGUCGACAAGGCCCGCCUAGAGGCUCAAUCCCACAGACUCACCGUCGAAGACCCCGCAUCCAUCGAGUACAUGACCAAGUAUAUCGCCGGUGUGCAGCAGCGGUACACACAGAGCGGUGGUGUCCGACCGUUCGGCAUCAGCACCAUGAUCGUGGGCUUCGACAAGGGCACCAAGACGCCGAGAUUGUAUCAGACGGAGCCCAGUGGCAUCUACAGUGCAUGGAAGGCAAAUGCCAUCGGCCGCUCCAGCAAGACGGUCCGCGAGUUCCUGGAGCGCAACUACAAGGAGGACAUGGACAGAGAGGCUACUAUCCGACUCGCCAUCAAGUCGUUGCUCGAGGUCGUCCAGACGGGUGCCAAGAACAUUGAGAUCGCCAUCAUGGCACCCGGCAAGACGGUCGAGAUGCUGCCCGAGGGGGACAUUGAGAACUACGUCAAGCAAAUCGAGGAGGAGAAGCAAGAGGAGGCUGCCAAGAAGAAGACGGGCCGGACACCCGGUACCGGCAGCGCCGCCAUACUGACGAGAAGCACUGAUGCAUAG